GGGUAUUGCAAUAUUAAUUUAGCUCAUCUGUGAUUAACUCUCUUCCAAGGAAAAUUCCUGAUUUCCUUGUAGAUGGCUGUGUCAGAACUUCAGGAAGGAAACUCUGAGAAGAUGGUAAAGCUCAUGGAGGACCUGAACAGGGACUUAGAAAAACUGCUGGAGGAAAUGGAAAGCCUAACAGUGCAGGCAACCUGGAUGGCAUACGGCGUGGUGGUCCUACGUACCAACCCAGACCUGGCCAGCUCCAUGAGGUGUUUGGAAGAUGCCUUCCUGAGUUGCAAAGAAGAGAUAGAGAAGGAAUAGCAAGAAGUGCUAAGUGAAUCUAAAGACAAAGAGCAAAAGAGGGAAUGAAUUGAGUAUGUAUGU